AUGACUUCCGAAAUGCCACCUGCUGCCUCCUUACAAGCUGAAGUCAACCGACUUCGUCUAGAGCUCCAAAGCUUGAGAGCGACCCAGACAGAAGAGCCAAUCGAGAUCGGAAACUACAUUCUUGCUCGACUGAAGCAACUGAAUGUCAAGCAAAUAUUUGGUGUUCCUGGUGAUUUUAAUCUCGGCUUCCUCGAUCUCGUUGAAGCGGAUCCGGCGAUUGGCUGGGUCGGAAACUGUAACGAGCUCAACGCUGCUUAUGCUGCUGAUGGCUACGCUCGGGUGAACGAAACACGGAUUGGAGUGGUUUUGACAACCUUUGGAGUUGGAGAGCUCUCUGCCAUGAACGGCAUCGCAGGCGCCUUUUCUGAGAUGGUUCCAGUUCUGCAUCUAGUCGGAGUUCCCAGCACGGCCCAGCAGCGGUCCAAAGCCUUACUGCACCACACAUUAGGCGAUGGCAGAUACGAUGCCUACGUGAAGGCUGCAGCAAAUGUGACUAUCACACAAGGAAUUAUCGUGGAUGCUGAGAACGCUGGUGCGACGAUAGACCGCGUCUUGAUAGAAUGCAUCACGAAGGCUCGACCUGCCUACCUCAGCAUUCCAACAAAUCUAGUCUAUGCCAAGAUUCCGUCGGAGCGACUGGAAAAUCCACUUUCUCAUAAUCAGCCACCGAACGAUGUUGAAGCCGAAAAAGCUGUCCUCGAAGAGAUUGUCCAGCUUGUCGACCGCGCUAGUGCAAACGACAGUGUGGUCAUUCUUGUCGACGUAUGCGCAGUCCGCCACGAUGCAAGAUCGGAGGUCAACGAAUUGGCGCGCAAUACUGGUUUCCCUGUUUAUGCAGCACCAAUGGGAAAAACUGUGGUCCCAGAAGAUUACGAACGAUACGGUGGCAUUUAUAUUGGGUCCAUCAGUGAUCCGACCGUAAAAGCAAAGGUGGAAGCGGCAGAGCUCAUCCUGUCCGUUGGUUGUGUUAAGAGUGAUUUCAAUACCGGCAAUUUCACUUACUCAAUACCAGCCUCCAAGACUGUUGAAUUUCAUUCCGACCAGACCAAAGUCCGACAUGCAGUUUUCCCUGGUGUGGGCAUGAAGCAACUCAUUCCGCGUCUUACAGCCAUGCUUGAGCCGUUUGGUUAUAAGAAUCGCGAGAUAACGGCGCCACAACCAUUCCGCGUUUUCCUCCCCCACGAAGAUAGCGAGACGAUUACGCAAGACUGGCUUUGGCCUCGCGUUAGUCAAUUUUUCCGCCCCAAAGACGUGAUCGUCGCAGAAACCGGGACCUCGAACUUCGGGCUCAUCGAUGUUCCCCUGCCUUCUUCGUCGAUUUUUGUGAGCCAGCUGUUAUGGGGAUCUAUAGGGUGGGCAACAGGAUGUACCCUCGGCGCUGCAUUUGCUGCUCGCGAACGUGAUCUUGGGCGAACCAUCCUCUUUACAGGCGACGGAAGCAUUCAACUAACGGUCCAAGAGUUAUCCUCCAUGGUUCGACAUGGGUUGACGCCAAUCGUCUUUGUGCUGAAUAACAAUGGGUAUGAAAUCGAACGCUGCAUUCGUGGUUGGGAGGCAGGAUACAACGACAUUAUGAACUGGGAGUGGACUUCGUUGCUGAGGACACUCGGGGACGUCGAUGGCAGUCGUUCUAAAUCGUAUAGGGUUCGGACGAAGAAGGAAUUGAGUGUGCUACUCGAUGAUGAAGCAUUUGCGGCGGCGGGGAAGAUCCAAUUGGUAGAGAUUGUAAUGAGGAUGCAUGAUGCUCCGAGAGCGCUGAGGGUCCAAGCAGAGAUGGGACAAGAGGAAAAUGUGUAUGGAUAUUAA